UGCCGGCCCACCACCUGCACCGUGCUGCUCAAGGGCGCCCCGCUGGAGCUGCUGCGGCGGCUGAAGGCGGUGCUGGGGUUCGCGCUGCUGGCGGCGUGGAACCAGCGGCUGGAGACAGCCUUCCUGGCGGACCUGCUCACGGCGGCGGUGGCGGCGGCGGGGGAGGAGGCCUACCUGAGCGCCAGCAACCCACCCACUGGCGGCAACACCAGCACCACCCACUUCCCACCCACCUCCUCCUCCUCCUUCUCCUCCAGCUCCCCCUCCUUCUCCGUCCCCUCGCUCGCCUUCUUCCGCGCCGCCGCCGCCUCCUCCAUCCGCCGCUCCCUGGCCGCCUCCUGCGAGCGGGGCAUCCCGGGCAUCCUGCUGUCCAUCAGCCCGCACUGCAACGCCUGGGACGACUCCCUCAUCGCGGAGUGGCUGCAGCAGGGCUUCAACUUCCCGCACCUGGGGCCGCAGCAGGGCAUGUUAGGUGGCGAGGCCGCAACGCAGGGGCGGCAGCAGCAGGAGCAGCAGCAAGGGCGGCAGCUAAGGCUGGUUAGCUCGGCGCAGCAGGAGGCGGAUCAGCGGCAGCUGGCGCAACUCAUGCAGGAGCAGCAGCCGCAGCUGGUGGCCGAUGUGGCAGGAGGAGGAGCAGCGGGAUUGCCAGGCCAGGCUGCUGCAAGCCUCGGGGCAGCAGCAGCGGAGGGGGCGGACUGCGGCGAGACAGCAGCAGCGGCAUCAGCAGCUGCUGUCCCCGGCGCGGGUGCUCCCCUGCAGAGUGAGCCCACGUUUGCCGGGGCGGUGGCAGCUGACACCGCUGCUACUGCCGCUGCAGCAGCGGAGCGCCCUGACGGCUGCCGGGAGGAGGCCGCUGCUCCCACCGUAGCGGGGGAGUGUGCUUCCCCUCCCGCUGCUGGCGCCGCCGGCGGGGAAGGUGGUGCCGGGGGAGGGGUUGCAGCUGCUGCUGCUGAGGUGGCGCCGCCCUCGGCCUCGGCGCUGCAGUCCCCUUUUGCAAGCCAGGCAUGCCAGGGGGCGCAGCAGCAGCCGCCUCAGCAGCCGGGCAGUGGAGGGGCUGCGGCUGCUGCUGCAGGCGGCGGAGAGCAGUCCGCCAGUGCCUCCGCCACCACUGCCUUUGCUGCUGCGGCGGGAGGGCUGAACACCUCUCGGCGGCAAACGGACGCUGACGGCAUUGACGGCCCGCAGCCUUCUGAAGCGGCAGCGCACCCCCAGCAGCAGUACCUAGCUCGCCAGCGCAGCGCCGCCCUGAAGCAGCAGGCGGCGCUGGCGGUGCUGCAGGGUCAGCGCAUCUACUCGCAGCAGCGCAUCUUCGUGACCUGCAUGUUCCGCCGCAGCCGCGACCGCCACCUGUGCGACCCCUUCCAGGUGAAGCAGAUUGACUACUACCACCGCUCCUCCGACGUGCCGCUCAUCCGCUACAUCAAGAUGUGCACGCAGCAGGGAUGGAGCUGCCCGGGGGCCGGCUGCCCUGACCCCUUCACCGCGCACGAGAGCGUCUUCUUCUUCGGCUCGCACAAGCUCACCAUCUUCUACUCCACCCUGCCGCCCGUGCAGGCGCUGCCCGGGGAGGAGAAGAACCAGAUCUGGCACUGGACGCGGCCCAUCGGUCGCGGUCGCGAGGGCUCCGCCGCCUGCCGCCGCGUGCCGCUGUCUCCCGACUCGUGCUACCUGAGCAUGGGGCGCUUCCUGGAGCUGUCAUUCUCAGCGGACGGUCUGGACAUCUUCGGCCGCUCCCUCCACUACGACCACGUGCGCUACUUUGGUCUGGGCCGCACCCUGGUCUGCAUGUUCCCCGAGCGUACGGCGGUGUACGUCAUGCAGCUGCCGGACGUGGUGAUGUCGUACAGCCAGUCGGCGCAGGCCAAGUGGCUUAAGCAGGAGGCGGCGGAGCUGGCGGCGGAGGCGAAUGACGCGUUCGAUGCGAUUGAGGGGCUG